GGACUUGCAACUGCGCAUGCGGCAUCACAAACGGAGAAGCAGUGAAUCCCUCAAUUCCUACUGUUGGUGGGACACCAUCUUUGACUUCCAGUGCUAAUGAUUCCAUUCAACGGCAACACCAGGCCCAAGUUAAUGCAAAGAUGAGGUCAAAUUCCCUCCCCUAGACCCCAGCAAUGAAUGGAGUUGGAUCCCCAGCUAGUGUUAGUAAUAUGAGUGUUCCAUUAAAUGCAAACAGCCCUUCAGUUGGAACGCCACCUUCGGCCGAUCAAACCAUGCUCGACACGUUCUCAAAGAUAGAAAUGGUGACAAUGAGGCAUCAACUUAACUCCAAAAAGAAUAAGGUCGAUAAUUACCCCAUCAGGAAGCCAAACACAUACUCCAUUCAACCUCUGUCCACCUAUCUAUCUAAUGCUUCCAAUGAUGAGGAUCUCAAAGAUGAUGCGAAUGCAAAGUCGUUAUCUAUGUCACUUGCAAGUGGCAGCAUGAAUAUCUGCAAAAUAAGAGUCUUAAAAUUUAUCCAACCUCAAGAAAAUGGUGUUUCUUGUAGGGCAAGAACUAGGAUGAUUAUGUCAGAGAAGCCAUAUGAUGGUACAGUUGCAAUGCAUUAUGGAGAAAUAGAAGACGGUGAUUUUCUGGCUUCAGAGGAUUAUCUUCCUACAUUGCCCAAUACACAUUACGCAGAUUUGCUUGCAGCACAGCUUUGUUCGCUGAUGAACUGCCGGGAAGGAUAUGUUUUGUUGGAUGAUCAAAUCCGAGCAAAACCAACCCGCAUGAAUCUUGGCUCAGCCAGUCAAUCAGAUGCUGCUGGAGUUCCUCAUAAUUCAGUAACUGAGAUGCAGCAAUAUGCAGAAGCAGUUUCUGGCCAACAACAAAUUGAAGAUGUAAAGCCGAUUAUCAACAGUAAUGCAUCUCUAAACACAUCUCAGAAUCUUUUAGCGAAUGCAAGGAUGCUGCCUCCUGGAAACCCCCAGGCCUUACAGAUGUCUCAAGGACUAUUUUCCGGGGUUUCAAUGCCCCAGAGGUCACAACCGCUAGACCCACAACCAUUGCUUCAUCAUCAGCAGCAGCAUCCACAACAACAACUACAACAGCAACAGCUCAACGUUACAGAUUUAAUUUUGCGCUCUUUCUUUUUUAUUUGAGAUCUUUGAUAGUUUUGUUUAUAACACCAAAACCAAAUCUGGCAAAUCCUACUGAAUAAUGUUGCAUCCCACAUCCUACUAAAAUUGAGUGCACUUAAUACUAAAAAUUAGAAAGAAAAAAACCUUACGAACUUCGCUUGGACUUCCACUCAUUUUGAUACCA